GAGCAUGUUAUGUGAUGUAACCCUUUAUAGAAGGUUUUUUAUGGUUUUUCAUAGUGUCUCAAAUCACUUAUGGUACAGCAUCUCUAUUGUAUAUUGUAUUGUAUUCUUUAAUCUACAUCAUGGUUUCCUAUGAAAAUUCAGGGAGAGAGAGAGAGAGAUCGAGAGAGAAGGCGCGCAGGAGAGAGACUGUGUGUGUGUGUGUGUGUGUGUGAGUCGCUCUCGCGGCAGCAGGAUGAAGCUCCUCGAGCGCGUCCGUAGCUCAUUUCUGUGCAUCUCUCGGCUCGUUUUGCUCUCUUGAUUCGGGAUGAAGCAGAAGAUGAAACGACAUUGACACACUGGAACUGCUGUCAUCAUCACCUUCAUCAUCAUCAUCUUCACCAUCAUCAUCAUCAUCAUCAGCAUCUGUCAGUGGUUGAGCGCCGGUCGGCGGCUGGUGGAUUGUCUCUGAAAUCUCCCUCUAGGACUAACUGAGGGUUUUGAUUUAUUCAGUUUGUUUCGGAGUCGGUGUGUCUGUGUGUGUGUGUGUGUGUGUGUGUGUGUGUGAUGUAAUCCGGUGGUUCUGACGUCAUGUUCGUCUCCGUUUGGUAUGCAAAGAAGAUGGGCCGAAGAUUCAUCAGCAACGUGCGCAAAGCCAAGAGACACAGACAGAGGAUGACGAUGAACGGGAUGGACGGGGACGUUGAAUAUGAGGAAAUCACAUUGGAGAGGGGUAACUCUGGUCUGGGCUUCAGUAUAGCCGGUGGGACUGAUAACCCUCACAUAGGAGACGAUCCCAGUAUCUUCAUAACUAAGAUCAUACCAGGAGGUGCCGCUGCACAGGACUGCCGGCUGAGGGUGAACGACAGCAUUCUCUUUGUGAAUGACGUGGAUGUACGCGAAGUCACUCACAGUUUUGCAGUGGAGGCGCUGAAGGAGGCAGGGCCGAUCGUCCGACUCUACGUGCUGCGUCACAAACCGUCCACUGAGAAAAUUACAGAGCUGAAACUCAUCAAAGGUCCUAAAGGUCUGGGCUUCAGCAUCGCGGGCGGCGUCGGGAACCAGCACGUCCCGGGCGACAACAGCAUCUAUGUCACCAAAAUCAUCGAAGGCGGAGCCGCGCAUAAGGACGGACGGCUGCAGAUCGGGGACAAGAUUCUCGCUGUGAAUAACAUGUAUCUAGAGGAUGUGAUGCAUGAAGAUGCAGUAGCGGCGCUGAAAAACACAGGGGAGGUUGUUUAUCUGAGAAUUGCCAAAACCCUUCAUCAUCAUCAUCAAGACACCUACAACCCUCCUGACAUCACCAGCUCCUAUGCUCCUCAUAUGGACAUGUCUGAUUACCCACAAGCCCUCAGUCCCUCAUCUCCACGCCAUUACUCGCCCGUCCCUAAAGGCCUCUUCCUGGGAGACGAAGACAUUCCCAGGGAGCCGCGGCGUGUGGUCAUUCUCAGGGGCUCCACCGGGCUGGGCUUUAAUAUCGUGGGCGGUGAGGAUGGCGAAGGGAUCUUCAUCUCCUUCAUCUUAGCAGGAGGAGCAGCUGAUCUGAGCGGAGAGCUGAAGAAAGGAGAUCAGAUCCUGAGUGUGAACGGUGUGGAUCUGCGUCAUGCGACUCAUGAACAGGCGGCCGCUGCACUGAAGAACGCAGGACAGACGGUCACCAUCAUCACGCAGUACAGGCCCGAGGAGUACAGCCGGUUCGAAGCGAAGAUCCAUGACCUGCGUGAGCAGCUGAUGAACAGCAGUUUAGUUUCUGCAGCGGCGUCGUUACGGAGUGGAAAGAGAAGCUUCUUCAUCAGGGCUCUGUUUGACUACGAUAAAACGGCAGACUGUGGGUUCCUGUCGCAGGCUGUGAGCUUCAGGUUUGGGGACAUUCUGGAGGUGUUUGACUGCAGUGAUGAGGAAUGGUGGCAGGCCGGAAAACUGUCUCCACAUGGAGAACUGGAGGAGACUGGCUACAUACCCAGCAAGAGGAGGGUGGAGAGAAAGGAAUGGUCCCGUAUGAAGACUCGCGGCAGAGACGCCGUCAGCGGACGUAGCGAUUACAUCGUGAGCUAUGAGACGGUUAUUCAGACUGAAGUGCACUACGCCCGUCCAGUCAUCAUCCUCGGGCCGAGCAAGGAUCGCGUCAAUGACGAUCUCCUCUCCGAGUUCCCGGACAAGUUUGGCUCCUGUGUCCCGCACACGACGCGGCCGAAGCGCGAGUACGAGGUGGAUGGGCGCGAUUACCACUUUGUGUCGUCGCGGGAACAGAUGGAGAAAGACAUUCAGAGUCACCGGUUCAUCGAGGCCGGCCAGUACAACAGCCACCUGUACGGGACCAGUGUCCAGAGCGUCAGACAGGUGGCAGAGCAGCAGGGGAAACACUGUAUCUUGGAUGUUUCAGCGAAUGCAGUGAGGAGAUUACAGGCUGCACAACUUCACCCCAUCGCCAUCUUUAUACGACCCUCGUCCCUGCAGAACAUACUAGACAUCAGCAAGCGUGUGACGGAGGAACAGGCCCGGAGAGCUCUGGACCGAGCCGUCAAACUGGAGCAGGACUUCAUCGAGUGCUUCUCAGCGAUAGUGGAGGGCGAGAGCUUCGAGGAGAUCUACCACCGUGUGAAGUCUGUGAUGGAGGAACAGUCCGGCCCGUACAUCUGGAUCCCGGCGAGAGAGAGACUGUAAACACUGUCACCGGACGAUCUGCAGAUUCACACCAUCAUCUCAUCCAUAAUCUACAUGUAAAUAUGCGUCAGAUAAUAUUAAAGUCUAGAGUAGGCGGGGACGCUUACCUCAUCGCCAUGGCAACAGUUCAUCGCCGGGUUGGACUGCUGUAACAGCAACAGACAAAAACACGUGUGAACUAGCCUUAACGUGUGUGUGUGUAUGUGAGAUGCUUGUAAUGAUGAUGAUGAUGAUGAUGAUGAAGGUGUUAGGUGGUUUCCAUAGUGAUUGUGAGCUCAGUGAGUGUAACAGUGUCUGAGGCAAUAUAGACAUGAGCACUGAGCACUUUACUAACACAUACACACCCACACACACACCUCUCAUUGUGAAAUGUUUCUAUAGGGCUAUUCUUUACAUACAAUACACACUUUAUAAACUGCACAGGGAGAGAAAUGUGUGUGUGUGAGUGAGUUUGUGUGUAAGUACAGGUAAGUGAGUGUGUGUGUGUGUGUGUGUGUGUGUGUUUGUGGCUGAGUUUGUGUGAAUGCGUGUUAGUGAGUGUGUGAGUGUGUGUGUGUGUGCGUGUGUGUGUGUGUGUGUUGAUGAGUAUUAUUAUUUCUUUUAUUGUUAUUAUUCUACAGCUGUACAUACAGAUCCAGAUGAUCUGAACCAAUGGGGCUUUAAACACAUAACACUGCACUUCUCUGAGCCAAAACUUCCCACAAUCCAUCUCUCUGCCCAUACAAACAUCAUGCUGUAUGCUACAGCGACCCAUAAUGCACUGCGCUCGGUCUACAACAUUUAACCAAAGUGUUUUCUUCUUGAGUUUGUGUGAUUAUGACGUUUGAGUUCGUUUUCUCAUUUCAGACUCAUUUUCACACAUUCUUAGAUGCAUUUAAAUUUGCGAAGCGACAGCCGUUCUGUAUAAUGUGAAAUAAAUGGAUUAAUAAAUAUAUUUCCUGUUGUAAACUAGCUGAAAUACUGAAAUGAUGAUUCAUUAAACUGUUUUAAAUAAUUA